GAGUUGACUCUACGCCGUUCCAAAACGCGAAGUAAGUAACUAUAUGGGCGGAGCCUAUUCGUUCUAAAAGUAAGGAUUGAGUAUACCCGGAGUCAACUCUAUUAACCCUGCUUUCGAGGUGGGUUGGAAGAGUAAACUCUAAGAAAAGCGCGCUAUUUUUAAUAGUGAUUUAGGUUGCGUUCCGUUUCACGCAUAUGCGCGCAUAUGCGUGAAACUAAACGUAGCUUUAGUGAAUUUGAUCACUCGCACUACGCGAUACUUGUCAAACAAUGGCUGUUCAACCACUAAUUGAAGAUGUACAUACACUUAUCGUCAACGACGUUGGACCAUUAAAAGAAAAUGGAUCAUUUUGGGUGAUGGACAGAAGAAAUAAUAAUAUCUUUGCAGUACCCGAUAUACCGAUAGUACGGGAAUUCUUUAAAUUAAAUCUCAAAGAUAUAUCCUCAGAUGACUGUCCCAAAGAUAUAUCUUCAGAGAGAGAGAGAGAUGACUGUUCCCAAGAUAUAUCUUCAAAUGACUGUUCCAAAGAUAUAUUUUUAGAUGACUGUCUAAAAAAAGAUUUAAGUAAAAAUGUUACCUACAAUUGCGUCGAAAAUAUUGAAAAUAUCUCUGAUAAUGAUAAAGAUCAAAGUGCUACACAUUGGGAACAUUCAGCAAUUAUGCUUCUUUUUUAUUUAUAUAAAGAUCAUCUUCCUUUAUUCAAGAAUGAUAAAAUUAGGAAUAACAUUGUGUGGAAAAAAAUUGGGAAUUGCCUAAAAGAAAAAGGGUAUACGUAUACUGUAAAGCAAAUCGAAAAUAAAUGGAAAAAUUUAAGAAAAAAUUAUAUUAAAGUAAAAGAUCAUAACUCAAAGUCCGGAGCAUCGUAUAAGAAAUGCAAAUACUAUGAUGAGAUGGAAGAGAUAUAUGGAAAAUCUCCUAUUGUACAGCCUGUAGCUCUUGCAUCAAAUUUGUCACAAAAAGUUUCAUCUUUUUCAUUUGAUGAAGAGCAAACAUCUGAUGAAGACAGUGACAUAGCACCUCCUCCGAAAAAAAGUAAGAUGGAAAAACAAUUGCAUGCAUUAACAGAAUAUAUGGAAAAAAAUGAAAAAGCAAAAGAGAGAAGGCAUAAAGAAAGACUGGAAUAUCAAAAGGAAGCUGUAGAAACUUACAAGGAAGUAAUGAGCAAGUUAUUGGAAAAAUUGUAGUUUAAACAUUUCCUUACAUUUAAGCGCUUUUAUUUUUUUUAAUUUUUUACUUAUAAAAUGAAACAUUCCAAAGUAACAUACUAAUUAUUCAAAUUAGAUAUUUUUAUGUUUCUAUGUUAUCAUAUAUUGUAUGUUUGUAUGUUAUCAUAUAUAUAUCAUAUAUUAUUUGAUGACCAUUGUAAAGUGUUCAACAACAUUUAUGUACAGAAUAAGCUGUCUCCUAUGAUAAAUUCUACUUAAGCGAGUACUGUGAUUUAAGACUAUUAAAGUGAGUACUGUGAUCAGACAUUAGCAAAAAAACUAAGUAUUAUAAGCUGUUUUAAAAAAUGGCAAUUUUAUGUUGUUAAAAGUUAAGGAAAAACCAAGUUAGGAUAGAGACACAAAGUUAAUAUAUAGAUGUUAAAAUUAAUAAAUAUAUCAAUAUUUUUAGUUGACCUGAUAAUCAGAGCUUUAAUGGUUUUUCUAUAUCAAAUAUUAGAUUAUUGAUAUGCAUAAUAAAUAAGAUAUUAUGUGCUAAAAAAAUUUGGACAAGAUAAUACUAAUAAACAAUA